AGUAUGCGUUAUGAACCAACUGAGAGGAAUGCUUUAUUUGAUACCAAUUUUGCUUAUAUGAAUAUGGACAAUAAUAAAACAUUAACUGAUCGUAUGCAGUACAAAGAUUUAACUGCAGAACAAUUUAUCAAGGGAAUACUUCUCUCUAUUAUAUGUUUUGUAGCUGUAUUAGGAAAUAUUUCAAUUUGGAUUAUAGUCAUACGGUGUCGUGCCUUGAGAACAGUCACAAAUUGUUUUCUUCUUGUUCUCUCUGCAUUUGAUUUGUUGGUAUCAGUUGUAAAUAUACCAGUAACGGUCUUCACCAUAUUUUCGGGUGAAUGGUUUUUAUCAGACGAAGCAUGUAUAGGUUUUGGAUUUACAAAUAUGGUGACGCUAUGUGGAAGUGUACUGUCUUUAUGUAAUAUUGGCAUUAACAGAUACGUUAUGGUUUGCCAUCCUUCCAAGUUUAUAAAAGUGUACACAAGGAAAAACGUAAUACUCAUGAUUAAUGCAUCUAUAGCAGUGACUAUUGGCGUCUCCGUUCCACCGUUACUUGGUUGGUGUAAAUACUCAUACACUCCAUCGCAGAACAUAUGCUUUGCAAACUGGCCAAUAUCAUUAUCAUAUGCUCUUUUUAUGAUAUUUUGCUGUUUUGGUGUUCCCCUUGUUGUUAUGAUCUUUUGUAAUUAUAAAAUUUACAAGACAGUAAAAAACAGCAAAAAGAGAGUAUCGAAUACUUACCCUGUACAAAUGUCAAUGUUAAAAGAUCAAAAUGGCAGCAAACCAGUAGAAAACACCAAUGAGCUAGACAUAAGUCGGGAAAGUGAUCAACACAGAUGCAAAGGAAAUCUAUAUACGAAGUCAGAAGGACAAUCAGAUGUCAACAAAAAGCACAGAGCAUUAUCAAGCACAGUAAAGACUAAGGCCUCAUCUCCAAAACCGCCGGUGGUAAAUAAGGCAAACCCAGAGGAAAUAAGACUUGCCAUAAUGCUUGUCACAAUAGUUAUUGUAUUUUUCAUUUGCUGGUUUCCUUAUUGUAUAAGUAUGAUAUUAAGCAUUGUAGUACCUGGCAAAGUUCCUAGAAUAUUUCACAUGUCGACACUUUUAAUCGGUUAUUUUAACAGCUGCUGCAAUCCAAUAAUAUAUGGACUUCUGAAUAAGAGAUUUUCUGAUGGUUACAAAAAGUUAUAUUGUUUUUGGAGGUAACGAAUAAUAUUACAGAUAAUAUAAUUUGAAGGUGUUUAUACUCGCAUGAUAAAUUACAUACAAUUCUCGUCAUCGUUUUAAUUUGUACAUUGUAAACUUCGGAAUGAUUGCAUUUCUUAGAAUUGUUCAUUUUGCAUUAAUGACAUAUUGCAGUAAAAUAGAAGAGGCUUAAUUUUAGAAUUUUUCAAUUCAAGUCAGUUCAUCAUACUUUUUGUUAUAUAUUAUUUUUAUUUUGUUAUCAUUUAUCAAUUAUUCAAGUGAGGCAUUGUUUAUAUUAACUCUAAUACUGAUAUCCUUACACACAAUUUACAAAAUUAAAACCAACGUAACAACAUUUUAAUGCUCCCUUUAUUCCAAAGUAACAGUCAUGAUCGAAACACAUAAGAAAUACCACACUUCGCUGUAAGUCCAAGACGGUCCUGAGUACAAAUAGUGGUAGGAAAAAUGCACGAACACGAAAUUAAUUUUAAAUGGACUGCAUAACAAUAACGACAAACAAAGAAAUUAAAGAAAAAGAAAAUAUUAAAUAAAAACUACAAUAGUAUAAGGCUGUUUAAUAGUCAUAAUUCGAUCAAGCGAUAACAAAUCCGGAUAACAAACCAAAUUGGUGGGUUGAACCUGGAUUUUUAUUGCUAGCCAUACUUCUCGCUGAUAUGACACUGUUGAAAUAUCGUUAAAAUGUCAAAAAUACAGUACAAAUAGGCACAAGAACAUACAGGACAGAGAAAUACAUAAGUGAACCCAUAUGAUAAAAACUUAUCGCAGUACUGUUACUGCAUCAAAUUUUUACCGUUAAUGUUAGAUGCAAACUACCUGAGUCGACAAUUACUGAGUAUCUUGCUCCGUCAAACAAUUUUGAUUUGGGAUGUUCUUGCUAUCCUAUGCAUUAUAGUUUUGUAUUGUCUAUUUUAUAUCAAUCAUUGUUUAAAUACACAUUUUUAAAUAUGAGAAAAAAUGAAAGGAAGAAAUAAAAGAAAGAAAGGCAAAAAUAGAUUAGGUUUAGAUCUUGAAUUGGAAGGUUGUUGCUGCAUAUAUAAUCAUACGCUUGGAAUUUUAUCAAAUUUUAUUUUGAAAUCAUCACGUUUGUCAAAUAUUAUUUAGUUAAACGUCGUCGUUUAUCAAUUCCAGUAACAAGAAAAGAUGAAAUGAGGCAGACCGUUUAUUUUCGAAAGAUUUUUUUUUUAACAUAUAUGGCACAACGUUUUGAAUUUUUGUUUUAAAUACUCUACAACUUGAUUAUGUUUUACCCAUUUAACUGUUUUUACUUUAAGUUAUAUCCGAUUGAAAAGUUUAAAACCAUUUCAAUUUCAGAGAGUAUAAUAUAAAUACAUUUUUAAUCAUAUUUUAAAGGAUACACUUAAAAAGCAAUCAUGACAUGCUUAAAUUCAAUACUUGGUAUUUUUAAAAAUCUUCUCAUUUAUAUUGUCAAACCGUAUUCUUUAUCAUAAAUACAGAUUUUCGGACAUCAUCAGUUACCCCUCCAUAUCCAGUGAUCAAAUAAUUAGUUGUCUACAAAAAGAAAAGGGAAGAUAUCUUCCUUCAAGUUUAAAAAAAAGAAGAUUAUGCGUAAAAUACAAAAUAAAAGAAGAUGAAGUAAAUUUUUGUAUAGUGUGAUAAUAGCAGUAAUAUAAGAAACGUUUAUUUUGAUGUUUUGAUAAAUGAUUAUAUACAUGUACAAAUGAAAUGACAUAUAUUACAUUUUUUACAACCCAAGAUCACGCAUUGGGGUUAAUAAGCUUUGAUCAUUUAUUAAACAUUAUAUAAAACUCAGGACAGUGGACUCUAGAAAUAUUUACUUCUUUUUUUGUACUAAAGAACUUGUUUAUUUUUGUUAUUAUUGGUUGUUAUGUAAUG